ACCAGACCAGAGUUUAUGUUGCUAAGUGGGCCAGCCGUAUCACACGAACCGUUGACACAUCAACGCCUGGAAUGUGUACGGCAAGGUCGAGUCAGCCCAGAAUUUAAUAAGCCCAGAAUUUAACAGCCGAUGUGAAUCAUUUCAAAAGUUAACACUAAUAAUGAGCCAAGAUGUCUCUGCUGCUAUCUCGGUACCCGAGGAAGCCCUCAAGCCGCACAUUGCUGACAAUGACGUCAUUGUACGUCUGCUGAAUGAGAAAUACGGUCUGCAGGGGGCGGAGCUGACCCCGCUGAAUGGCUACGAUGACCUGAACUUUCACGUCAGAGUUGACCUUGACCACAGCAAUCCCCACAUUGACCAGGUGUCACCGAACGGCUACUUUCUCAAAAUUGUCAAUCUGCAAGAUUCCAGGCGACCAGAGUACCUAAAUGCACAGCUGGCACUAAUGCGACACAUCCACCAGAAGGGGGUCAAAUGUCAGACGGCAGUUUUGGGGGUCCUUGGUGAGGCCUUCACACAGUGUACAGCUGCUAAUAAAAAAGGCGAUGCCGUGACCUAUAUGGUGUCCCUUAGGUCAUUUAUCCCAGGACAAGUUUUAGCAAAGUCCACUUUAUCAGCUGACCUGCUCUAUCGGUUAGGUCAGUUCGUGGCUGAGGUCUCUCAAGCUCUGCAGGACUUCGACAACCCUUUCUACGCCACAUUUGACUGUCUGUGGAGUCUGUCCAACAUAGAUAAGGUGGCAUCUGUCACGUAUGCUGUACGGGAUGACAGACGACGACAAAUCUGCGAGGACGUUUUGAUGGUCUAUCAACGAGAUGUGGUGCCAAGUCUGCCAGGAUUCAGAAAAGGUUAUAUACAUGGCGACCUGAAUGAACAAAACAUUCUCAUCAACAAGCAGACAGAAAUUUGUGGUCUGCUAGACUUUCAGGACGCUGCCAAGAGCUUUCCCUUAUACGACCUCGCUAUCCACAUCUGCUACAUGCUGAUGACGCAAUUCUCUGACGUCACCCUGCUGGACAUACCUGGACAUAUUCUAGCAGGCUACCAGACGAGGCUGGAACUAACGCCGGACGAGGGAAGCGCGUUACGGGUGUGUGUGGCGGCGAGGAUGGUGCAGAGUCUGGUGUACGGCGCCUACACCCACUACAUGGACCCCAGCAACACCUACGUGCUAGAGACCAGCAAAUGUGGCUGGCGAGCGCUCGAAACUUUCUGGGUAGCCGAGCCUGGACAGCUUCAGAAUAGGUGGGACAGCAUUGUGGCGGGGUACAAGUAACAUCAAUAGAUAUUGUGGCGGGGUACAAGUAACAUCAAUAGAUAUGGGACAUUAUUGUGGCGGGGUACAAGUAACAUCAAUAGAUAUUGUGGCGGGGUACAAGUAACAUCAAUAGAUAUUGUGGCGGGGUACAAGUAACAUCAAUAGAUAUGGGACAUUAUUGUGGCGGGGUACAAGUAACAUCAAUAGAUAUUGUGGCGGGGUACAAGUAACAUCAAUAGAUAUUGUGGCGGGGUACAAGUAACAUCAAUAGAUAUUGUGGCGGAGUACAAGUAACAUCAAUAGAUAUUGUGGCAGGGUACAAGUAACAUCAAUAGAUAUUGUGGCGGGGUACAAGUAACAUCUACAGAUAUAGGACAAUGUUAAGGCUUUGUGCAAGUACAGGUAUCAGAAAAUAAUGACCCUGUUGCUAAAAAUAAUUCAAUGACUUUGUACCUACAGACCAGUCAGUGACUUUGUAUCUGCAGAUACAGUCACGGGCUAUUCUGCAGAUCUCUCACAUAAACGUAUGCAUUUAAUCAAAUAGAAGUUGUAUCUUAAUAAAAAAAAUAUAUGUUGGUGAUCGGGCUAAUUUGGUCUGAUCAAUUAUUUUUGUAUCGAUUAUAUAAUCUUUGUUCAGCCCAUCAAUAAAGAAUUUAUUU